AUGGUCAUGUCGCCGACUGGGCCUUCGACGGCUGGCGCAGUCUCCAGUGCUUUGCAGCUGGAGCUCACUACGAGCCAAACCAAGAAAGAGGCGCUACGUUCCAUGAUCAACUUUUACGAAGAAUGCCUGAACGAUCCCGAGAACCCAGAUCUUGCUGAGUCCUUGAGUCAGAUUGCGAAGUACUUCACUAAGAAUCUCUCGGCAAGCUCUUCUGGAAAGCUCGAAUUUGAUGUCAGCCAGCACGAUUGGCAGAUUUGGACCAAGUACAAGAAGGCAAUGCUAGACUUCCAGUCUGUCGUGGCUCCCAAGAUGCGAAAUAAGGCCAUUGAGCGAUAUGAGAACUUGAACAACGACUUCAAAGGCAGCGUUCCAUGGUUCCUAACAGAUACGCCCUUCAUCGACCUGGCCAAGUUCGUCGCUCGCCUCACCUCACAACCACCAGUCGAUGUUGACACCAGAUACUGGUACAGCAUCGCACCUCAUGUCUUCACAGCCAACGAGUCGAAGCGUGCAAUCUCCAAAAUAGGAUCCCUACACCAGGAAUUCCAGUGGGCUACCCACGGAGAGCAUACAACCACGGAGCUUUGGCUGUUUGUCUGGAGAGCAAUGAAGCAGAUGUGGAGCCUCCACAAGCUCAACGAUUAUGCCUACCCUUACGCAGUUGCUGCGACUACUUCCCAGCUUGAGGAACCAUUUCUUCAGGAGCAUAAUAGAGUAUUCAACCGUAUGAAUCGGUCAUACGAAGUCCUUCAUCAUGCCGACGCCACCAUGUUGGUCUCGGCUUUCGGUUCUCGUUGUUACAAGGCCUUCUCCAAAUUGCAACAGCAGCGCUUCGUCACCGCUGGGAAGCUCAGUGAACGCAGCAAACAGUGUCUCCAUGCCUUCAUUCACGGUGAGCAGAACCUCAACCCAGAGAUUGUCAGCGUUCUUCGUAGCGCUGCAGCUCAGCACUAUGCCAGGGUUUUCAAUAAGAUUGAGGAUGCAGAUCCCGUCAGCUCAGACAGCGAGUAUGGGAGAGACACCGCCCCGCAAGAAGAGGCAAACCUGUUCGACAUGCCAACGUGUAUCCCCAGAAAGAGCCCGCACGACUAUGUCUGGUACGACAUGCCUGAUACCCGCGCUCGAGAGGUCGCCGCCAGCAGACAGAUCACUCGAGAUAUGGUCGAGCCCGGUAUCGUAUCCGAGGGUAUGAGGACCUACGAUCUCGUUAACAUUCCUCCCCCACAUGUUCAGCCACCUAGCAAAGCCUCGCCCUGGAAGCGAUUCUCUCCUGGGCUCGCCCCCAUCACCUUUGGCUUACGACUGGCCAGAUACAUGUUCUCGGGAAACAAGUUCUCCCGCCCAACGCCCAAACACCUGCCUCGAAUAACCCCCCGCAAGUUUUCAACAGACAUAAGCAUCUCUCCUUCGAGACGCAGCGGCGCCAGUCGAAGGUACGAUGGCUCGAAGCGCAGUGGAAGUGCGGCUGAGAUACUCGCACCUGUACGGGAUGAAAUGCGUCGUGUCUCGAAGCCUGCUGCUUACUCGCGGAUUCCUAAAGUGAAGCUUCGCGGCGGUGGGCCUAGACAACGUGACACCUCAUGGGAGGAUUACUGGAACGAACGCCAGUUGACUGCCAUAAAGGAAUUUGCCAGGAGAAUUGGUGUUACCAAUCUUACGGAAGAGAAGGCCGACUAUCUUGUUGCAGAGUAUCUUAUAUGGAGCUAUUGGUUCCUUGAUGGUGCUGAAGCACUCUGGCGAGAGCAUCAGACCGCCGAAGAGGAUAUGAGAUACGAGUCUAAAACGGAUUCGUCGUUCGGCCGUGGCACGGGUUUGCCUCCGGAUGAGAUUCGAAUCGUUGCACGAACGAUAGCCCCUUUACCUCAAGAAGUAAUCGACGACACCUACAUGAUGACAGUUAUCCAAAACCUGUUUGAGUCUGAAUGGAGAUGGGAAGAGGCGUAUCGUCUUCUGAUAAUGUACACAGAAUACAAUCAAGAAGACACGGAGCUGGAUCAUAUCGAAGAUCAGGCAGAGCUUGGAGGUGAGGACGAUGGCUCCGUUCCCUCUUCCGUCGCACCGACUGUUCGCAUCGAGAACCUCUUCGAGCCUUUUGGUAUUUCGCCAUUGGGGAGCACUACAAAGCAGACGCGCAACAGUCUCAGCAACCAGAGCCACUAUUCGAAUGAGAGUUCGAAUAAAGAGAACAACGCCCCACCUCCCAGCCACCGAUCCCGUUCGUCCAACGAGAUUCAGAAUAAUGAGAAUGCAAGUCCGCCUGCUAGUAAUCGAAGUAACCAUUCAGAUGAGGGUUCGAACAAGGAGUAUCUGAACGAUAACGCCAAUAUGCACGAUGGUGAGUCGACAGGCAUGACGUCCAGUAGUAGCUCCGGUGGCGGCUCCACCGGCACGAGCUCGUCUAUACGCAUAAUAUCCCCGCAGCGAAGCACAAGCCCCAUAGUGGAUCACCUUGCCAGGGUCGCCGCUAGGCGACGGCCGGAUGAGAACGCGGACAGGAACGCUAGGGCCUUGGUGCCUCACGGGACUCAAGGUGGCGGACUGCAGGACCACAUACGUGACCUCGAGUCCGGCAGUCGACGACCUUCUGACUGGAGUGGUAGCUUGCUCCAGGUUUCGGAUGCGGAAAAUCGCCAACCUGGCAUGGCCCUCACACUUGCCAGCUCAUUGGCGCAAAGAUGUCACCCCUGUCCAACGUAUCGUGGCCAGUAUCACCAUUUCUGCAACGAGGAAUGUGUAGACUCUGUCUCUGCCGUCUCUGAAAGCGAUCGAGAUCCGAUUGAUGGCCCUAAGGAUCUCCCGUUGAGGCCCGAGGAUGGUGUUACUGAUCUCGGAUCUUUAGUCGCUCGCGAUGUGCGCGCAGUCCUUCACGGAAGAGAUAGCCGCGUCGAUCUGGGUGAAGCUCAGCUGUAUGCUCGCCUACGAAGGGUCUUCAACACCACAGAUGCAUACCUGGAGCGUAUUGCAUCACCAUUGCACAUCAAUUUUCCUCGGUGGGCUAGCUUUGUGCCGCCAACGGAUUCGGAGAGGAUCAACGGUCCUCAAUACGACGACUUUUUGAAGCUGUGGUCUGUUAGCGUGCGCGAAGUCGGCCAAGCAGAUGCGACAGAAACCGCUGUGGUAGGUCUCGUCGCUUAUCUCGAGAAUCUGAGGGACCUCUUUCAUAACAGACCGUCUGUCUCUCAAGAGAAUCGAGUCGACUCGAAUCGUCUCUGGAAUGUUGAGAGGCCUCGAACAUUUGUCGGAUAUCAUGACCAAGCCAACAACCUGCGAAAUUGCCUUCGGAACAUCGGAGACUUGUUCAUGGAAAUAGAUGGGCUAUCAUCGCGGACCAGCAGUCGGCUCAGCCAUCAAGACAUUCACGACUCGUAUCGUCUCGCACAUGACAAGCUGCUGAUCGUGCGACGAGGGCUCGGAAAACGAAUUCUGCCACAGGAAUACCAGGCCGCUCCUGAGUGGGCAGAAUAUGGCGCUCAGGGCAUGAGUCCCGACAUCAGGGCCUAUGCACUGAUACAGGCAGCGGUCACACAGAUGGAUGACACAAUUCGAUUCUUUGAGAGUGGUGACACAAGCGUGGUGGCCAAUGUCGACAUGGUUGAGGCCACAUUGCGAAGUCUGAAAGGCGUGCUGUAUCCGAGUGAUAGCGACGUGGACGGAGAAGAGCCUCUGCGGACCAAAACCCAACAGACUCAGACUGAGGUCCAGGCUGUCGUGGAUUUGACCCAAGAGAGCCCGACACGGCGAGCUCGGACGCCGAGCACUCCGCGUCGCAGGAAUGGUAGGGGAAAGAAGAGAGCAGCCACCAUUGACUUGACCAGUCCCAAACCGAGCAAAAAGACAGCCACCAUUGACUUGACUAGGCCGGGCCCCAGCAAACCGACCCGCGGCCGGUCUUCAACGACGUCCGCUCGAAGGUCACGCAGUCGGUCAACGCAGGAGGGGACUGGUGAUGAGACAGUUCCAACUCAGAAGGCCACAGCCCCAGCCCUUCCGACCGAAGCAGACUACAUGAAGAUGUUGAAGGAGGAGCUCGUGGUCGAAGCAGAAUAUCGGGGACUCGAUGUGACGGGAUCAAAAUCCAUGAAGAAGAAGGACUUCGCUGACGCUCUAGUCGCAUCAGACCAGGAGGGAGUCACGGGCAUGGGUGUGAUGUACUCGUGGCACAAGAUGAACGAAGACGAGGAACUGCUCCCCAAGAGGCCGACUAUGAGCACAUGGCCUACGAGGGAGGCAGUACGGGAGAAGAUUGGCGAUAGGUUAGUUUGA